UGAUCAAGCCGCCUGACAGCAGUCUCAUCUCUCGACUCUGCUCUCCAGCCUGCCAUGAACUCGGACCGUCUUUGCACUCCAAGACCCAUGUCUGACAACAUUCACGCCUUGCACCAAUUAUGACAGUCGGCUCCCCCUUAUCCGCAUCCAACUUCUUGGUUGACAUAGGCCUGCACUAAAACAUGCGUUGGCCUCACUUUUGCGCAAACAAUCACUCCACCACAAAAGAUAUGCCCUUGUGCGACGUGGCCAUUACACACUCCGGCUUCCCCAUACUGCUGUCAUCAUGUGGCGGAGAGUCUACUUUCUCCUCAUUCUAGUCCGCAUCUACUUUGCCCUGUCGCCCAGUUACCUGCACCCUGACGAGAACUUCCAGGGCCCAGAGGUUGUUGCUGGACGCGUCUUCUCCUACCCCGUCCACGAAACAUGGGAAUUCACCUCGGACCACCCCAUUCGUAGCACCUUCCCACUAUGGCUUGCAUACGGCUGGCCCAUGUACAUCCUGCGCUGGCUAUGGGAGGGCUCUGGAAAUGACGUUUCGCCGUCCGUCGUCUACUGGACACUGCGCGUGCUCAUGCUGUCGCUGAGCGUUGUCAUGGAGGAUUGGGCAAUCCACGAGUUGGUUGCGUCGCCCCGCGCCCGACGCAUCGCCGUGGUGCUGGUCGCAUCCUCGUACGUGACAUGGACUUUCCAGACGCAUACGUUUUCAAACAGCCUCGAAACAUUAUUGGUGCUCUGGAGUCUGGUUUUGAUCCAGAGAAUCACUGGCGAUAAGAAACGCUCCGGCAUACUAGCCUCGUCCAUCUUGGGCUUCAUGGCCGUCGUCGGCAUAUUCAAUCGCAUUACCUUUCCAGCAUUUCUGGUUCUGCCUGCUACAACACUGCUACCGCACUUCCAACGCAAGCCAUUUUCGCUAGUCUUCUUGGCUGCAUUCGCUCUUGCGACAGUCUUCCUUGCCGUCUGUAUUGACACGGCCUUUUAUACCCCAGGCGAAUUUACCUUUUCAAAAGUAUUUACUACUCCCGUCAUUACGCCCUUCAACAACUUUCUCUACAACUCCCAGCCCGAGAAUCUCGCCCAACAUGGCAUACAUCCGCGGUAUCAGCACUUGCUGGUCAACCUCCCUCAACUACUCGGGCCUGCCAUUCCGCUCCUGUUCUUCCUGCGCAAAGCGCACAUCACCAUGAACCUGAUAUCAGCCCUGUCUGGUGUCGCUCUGCUCAGCAUCUUCCCGCACCAAGAGGCUCGCUUCUUGUUGCCCGCAGUACCCUUGGUCCUGUCCUCGAUACGCGUACCGAACCCGCCCUUCAAAAAGCCUUGGAUAGCGGCGUGGGUCAUCUUCAAUGUAGCCUUGGGAUUAUUGAUGGGCGUAUAUCAUCAAGGCGGCAUCGUGCCUGUACAGAUCAAUAUUGCCAAGACCAACGAAACUAUCAGCCAUGCGUUUUGGUGGAAAACCUACAGUCCACCUACCUGGUUAUUAAACGGCAAGAAUGAAGAACUCAAGACUGUGGAUUUGAUGGGCUGCCCGGGUGAGCAGAUGCUCGAAAGAGUAAAGGAAGCGCUACCGCCUUGUCGGACUCGAAAACCUCCGCGGAUCGAGGAUCAAGGUGCUACGUAUCUUGUGGCACCACGGUCUGCCUAUUUUUUGAAGCCAUAUCAUGACGCAACCAAGCAGAAUGAUGUUCGGCUAGAAGAAGUGUGGAGCUACCGACAGCACCUCAACCUAGACGACAUGGAUUUCGCCGACGACGGCGUUUGGAACACCCUCAACCGUGUUAUUGGCGAUCGAGGCCUGGUAGUGUGGAAGGCCACCCGUAACUGCUCGACCCUCUCUUAGCGAGAUACAGUCAUUUUUACUCGCACGUCACAUGAUAUGAAAUGAUGUCAGUGCGAGUGUAGGGGUGUCUGGUAGACUCAAUGUUAUACGGGGGUCGGGGAUUUAUAAACUUUCACGAUACCUGGUAGACACUAAGCUAUUGGGAGCACAGGGAGUUGUAAACUUUCACCUUGGCUUCUUCUUUUUUACUCCACGUUUUCAUGUCCCAUAUCUAGAUACCCGCUACAUAGCUCACAGAUAAUACUGAACAAUGGCAGGGACGAGAAUCCCAACGUCUGGAAU